GAAUCAAGCAUACUUCUUGGUGGGCGAUAACGCAUUGCUCGUGCAAUCUGUAACGAUGAUGCUAAUCUCAGACUUAAUCAAUUCACAUUUGUAUCAAGAUUCAAAAUCAAACAUCCGUCGACAGUUUUUGUUUCAAUGCUCUCGAGUCAUUAAAAUUGAACGUAUAAAACCGAACAAUAAAAAUAUUUUAUGACUUGAGCGCAAAACCGAACUGAGAUUUUGUAAACAAAACCACUCCGACGUGUGUGUUCUUGUGAUUGUAUUGGUGCGUGUCGUCGAACCGCAUUGUAUCUGUCACCAUGGUCGGCUGACAGCGCGGAAAAUGUGAGGUUAUACCUUUAGUUGACACUGUGAUUCGUUUAGUUAAGCGUAUUUCAUAUUAAGACUGAGGCCCAAUUUGAAAAUUGUAAUUUUUUAUUCGGAGAGACAAGAGAGAGAGAGAGAGAUGGAGGACAAAACGGCAAAAAUUCCAAUUUAUUUGUACAAAGAGUGUGUGGCCGAUUUGCCAAAAGCCGUUGAAUAUUCGGAACAGAAAAAAUGUAAUGUUUUAAUCACCGCAAUAACAAAUCCAAAUUUUCGGCGCGAAUUUUUCCGGGAACCGCUUCGGCAAAAUCAUUUUCGUUUUACACGAUCCGAAUUGUUAUUAGAGCCAUCAAAAUGGCAAAGUCAGGUUGUGGCCAAAUUGUCUGAAUGGGUUGAUUGUGAUUCGGUUGAUGACAAUAUUCGGAAACAUAGUGAGGCAACGAUAAGACAAGAAAUGGCCUUUUCACACCAUGUUGCCGGCCAUGGACAAUUGCUUGUCAAAAUUCGCGGCACAAACACAUCGAAUUUGGCACGAACGAUAUCUGCUGAACUCACAGCCGGCACACUGCUCGUUGAAAUGCCAAUGGUUGACUAUGAGAAUCAAUGGUACGAUUCAGGAAAUGAUGAAGUUGAAUCGAUUGACACAUGGCAUUGGUGGAAUUCAUUUCGAUCGUACGCCGACUACAGUUCGCGUUUCCAAUUGGCACUCGAACUGACGGCUGAUUUACCGGCACCGGGUGUGAUACUGCGAUGGUUGGGCGAAACAGUCGAACUGUUGAUAAUCCCGAUCGAUGUUUUUAUCACCAAUCGCAACAAUUUUCCAGUUCUUCCGUUUCAACAUAAGAAUGUUGCACUCAAAUUCCUGGCAAUGACCAAUUGCAAGUUUUCAUUAAAAGUGCCCGACGACGAAACUCGAGACAUUGAGAAUCACGUCAGCUAUUUGCGACAUUUAUACAAGGAAAAUGCUAAACGAAAUGAUCCAAUGCACGGAUACGACGAUAUACUGGAGAUUCCUUUGCAGCCAUUGUACGACAAUUUGGACUCAUACACCUAUGAAGUGUUCGAAAAGGAUCCCGUCAAAUACAUUUUCUACCAAAGAGCCAUCGAACAAGCGUUAGUCGAUAAAAUCUCAGACGAAGAAGCAAACACAAAAACCGCAGUUGUGAUGGUAGUUGGUGCCGGACGCGGACCGCUGGUUCGUUCCGCAUUCAAUGCAUCGGCCAAUGUGGACCGCAAAAUCAAAAUGUACGUGGUAGAAAAGAAUCCGAAUGCAAUCGUUACUCUUUCCGCACUUCAAGAGGAAAUUUGGAAGGAUAAAGAUAUGACGAUAAUCUCAACUGAUAUGAGAUACUUCGAGCCAGCAGAGAAGGUUGACAUUCUGGUUUCAGAGUUGCUUGGUUCGUUCGGCGACAAUGAACUGUCACCCGAGUGUCUGGAUGGAGCGCAAAGACAUUUAAAACCGGAUGGUAUCAGCAUUCCGUGUCAAUCGACCUCAUACUUGAAUCCGGUAAUGGCACCGAAAUUAUUGAGCGCCGUUCGAGAAGUUCGUGGUCAUAUGCGACGCGGCAAACCGAAUACAUAUGAAAAACAUGCCGAAAGCCCGUACGUUGUAUACUUGAAAAAUGUUUUCCACAUCACAACACCACAGCCGGUAUUCACAUUCGUUCAUCCGAACAACGAUGAGGUGGUUGACAAUUCACGGUACAUCAAACUGGAGUUUGCUGUGGAACAUGAUUGUGUGAUGACCGGUUUUGCUGGCUACUUUGAUACCGUUUUGUACAAGGACAUAAAGUUGAGCAUUCAUCCGAAGGAGCACACACGAGGGCUCAUUUCAUGGUUCUCGUUGUACUUCCCGUUGAGCGAGCCGCAGCAAUUGCACGCAGGCGACAAGGUGACAGUGAACUUUUGGCGAUGCAUAUCAAAUAGCCAGGUAUGGUACGAAUGGAGCACUACCUCACCCAAUACCACUCAUGUGCAUAAUCUGAAGGGAUGGGCAUUCCCAAUAUACAAAUGAAUAAUACACAGCUCAGUUAGGUUACCAGGCAAGAGUCCUAAUCUACAUAUUAUACUAAUUUCUGAACAGAAAAUUAUGCUUUUUUCAAGCAUCAUUGAAUAGAUUUCAGAAUCUUUUUUUUAGAACGCCAGAUAUAAAGGGAAAAAAAACAUUUUUUUUUUAAAUCCCACAAACUUAUCAAGAUAGGUUCGUAUGUCGUAAAUGGCUUAGGAAAAUCAAACAUAUUUAUAGUGUACUGGUUAACAAAAAUAAUUAAAAUUACCUUUAAUUAUUGAGAUUUUAUAUGGAAUCAAUUACGAAGAUUCGUUUAUUAAGAAAUAAACCGAAUAUCUUUAAUGUUGAGUCAACAAACGAAA